AUGAAGAAACAAUGGUGUGGACUUAGAGAACAGGAUGUAUCAACUCCAAAACCUGAUCUUGACCCACUGGUGGGAUGUUCAAUGUUUGGUGAAACUCAACAAUUAUUGUAUCCUGGGAAAUGGUACCACAUGGAACUACGAUCCCUGUGGAAGUCUACUGUAAUUAACUCUGUUGCGGCAGCAUUGCAUGGUAAACAGGACCGGGUCUUCUUGAUUCAUGAUACUGCUCGCGCCUAUGUGACAAAGUUGACCCAGCACAAGCUGAAAAGCCUCGGCUGGGCUGAGAUGCCGCAUGCACUGUACUCAACUGAUGUUGCGCCUACAGAUUAUAAUUUGUCCCACUCUCUUCAAAACCACCUGAACGCAACACGCGUUGACAAUCGAGAGAACCUCAAGAGAUGGCCGACUAACUUUUUCAAUUCUAAAUCUCCAGGUUUCUACAGAAGUUGA